AUGCGUGACAGCAAGAGCAGCAAGAGCAUCAUGAGCAUCAUGAGCGACAGCAAGAGCGUCAUGAGCAACAUGGAAGGAGAUAAGAACAAAGAAAAGGUGCAAACAUACUACAACAUUUUCGAACUUCCAGAGCGCAAUGUCAAUGGUGAUACCACGCUCACGCUCGGCCUUCAACUUGUCAAGAACCCAUGCGUACUUGAAGGAACCCUUGCCGAGUUCUGCGGCUUCCUGUGA